CACAGCGUUUCAGGGUUUUGGGGUUUUGCGCGUCUUGUGUUCUUCGUGGCUAUGGCGUCCGCGUCUGGUUCGGCGGCAUCCAAGGCCGUGAAGCUCGCCAGGGCGGCGGCGCCGGCGGCGGCCAAGAAGGCCGGGACAGGAACGGCAGUAGCGGCGGCGGCGGCGGGCGGCGAGGGGCGCAAGGCCGCCGGGGGCUUGAACUUGGUGGUGCCAAUCUCCGCCGCUGGGAGGAAGUUCUUCGGACUCCAGGAAAUGUCGAGGAUCGAUGCGAUGAAGCAGAUGUGGGUCUACAUUAAAAGCCACAAUCUCCAGGACCCAGAGAAGAAGAGGAAUAUCCUGCCCGACGAGAAGCUCAAGCAGUUCCUGAGCUGCAAGGAUCGGAUCGACAUGACCGAAAUCCCAGGACUCCUCAGCCCACAUUUCGCCAAGAAAUCGGCGACUUAGGCGCUGUGUGAAGCGAGAGCGAUCGUUCCCAAAGUAUAUGGAUCCUUUCGAUGACUCUAGCUUUCUUAGUUCGUAGCUUCUCUCAUUCUAUACUCCUUUGUUUCUAGCACAGCAGAAGGCCAUCAAUGUUAAAAGACCAGACCACUCUUA